GGGGCUGCCGGGAGCUGUAGUGCCGCGCGGCGGCCAUCCCGAGGGAGGCUCCGUCUCCGCUGGAUGGCGCCAGUUCCGGCCCGCCGUGCGGGGCUGCGGGCUUCGGCCCGGCCUGGAGCGCGGCGGUGCCCGCAGAGCGCGGAGCCGUCGCCUUGCCAUGCACCAAAGGCUAAGUCUUGAAAACAUGAUUCCUGCAACUGUUGACACUGUCCUGAGUGCUCUGUAUUUAUGCUGCCACAGAAAGAACUGGUUACAGUCGGAGAAGAAACGCUAAGGACUCAAAUGCGCUUGCAGCUAAAGUAUCCUCAUCAUGAAUAGGUACACAACUAUCAGACAGCUUGGUGAUGGGACCUAUGGCUCUGUCCUCCUAGGGAGAAGCAUUGAAUCUGGGGAGCUAAUAGCCAUUAAAAAAAUGAAGAGAAAGUUUUAUUCCUGGGAGGAAUGCAUGAAUCUUCGUGAAGUUAAGUCUUUGAAGAAACUAAACCAUGCCAAUGUAGUAAAGCUGAAAGAAGUUAUCAGGGAAAAUGAUCAUCUCUAUUUUGUGUUUGAGUACAUGAAGGAAAAUCUUUAUCAGUUAAUGAAAGAAAGAAACAAAUUGUUUCCUGAGGCUACAGUUAGGAAUAUUAUGUAUCAGAUCCUGCAAGGGCUUGCAUUUAUCCAUAAACAUGGAUUCUUUCACAGAGACUUAAAACCCGAAAACCUCCUUUGCAUGGGACCAGAACUUGUGAAAAUAGCAGACUUUGGCUUAGCCCGAGAAAUCCGAUCUAGACCUCCUUACACCGAUUAUGUAUCCACAAGGUGGUACAGGGCUCCUGAAGUCCUUCUGAGAUCCACCAGCUAUAGCUCCCCAAUAGAUAUUUGGGCUGUUGGUUGUAUAAUGGCAGAGGUUUACACACUGAGGCCUCUCUUCCCAGGCGCCAGUGAAAUUGAUACAAUAUUUAAAAUUUGCCAAGUUUUGGGGACACCAAAGAAGAAUGACUGGCCUGAAGGCUACCAGCUUUCAUCCUCCAUGAAUUUUCGCUGGCCUCAGUGUGUACCUAACAACUUAAAAACCCUCAUACCUAAUGCUAGCAGUGAGGCAGUGCAACUGAUGAGAGACAUGCUGCAGUGGGACCCCAAAAAGCGGCCAACAGCUAGCCAGGCACUUCGAUAUCCAUACUUCCAGGUUGGACAUGCUCUAGGCCUUCAGGAGCUGACGAGACCAAAGGAACUCCAUGAUAAAUCAUCUCUGCAUAUUAAACCUGUCCCUCCAGCACAACCUCCUUCAAAAUCCCACGCCCGCAUUUCUUCACGGCCGUUUCAGCAAAGCCAGACUUCUCAACAUUUGGUCUAUCCAUGUAAGACAGACAAUUCUGGGGCUGAUCACAGUAAAUAUUUACAGGAGGACAAGUCGAACCAGGUUCUUCUGCCUGCAAUUCACAAUAAGGUUCCUCAGCAGAAAGCAUCUACUGGGACUGAGAACAUAAAUAGUGAACUUAAACCAAAAGCUAGGCGAAGGUGGGGACAUCUUGCUAGGCCAGUGAAGAAUGCUGAAGAGUGGGAUGACUUGGAAGACCUUGAUUUCAGCUCUUCUGUCACGAGGAUUGACUUGAAAAACAAAAAAAGGCAGAAUGAUGAAACUACUUGUAGAUUUGAAAGCAUUUUGGACCUGAAGCCUUUGGAUGCAGUUGGCUCUGGCAGCAGUGCACCAUCCCAUGCUAUCUUCCCACGGCAGGACACCCCAACACUGCAAGUUUCUGCAGCAAAGCAGCACUACCUGAGACAUUCUAGGUAUCUACCCGGAGUAAACACAAGAAAUAGCAUGGUCUCCACUUCAAGCAAGGAGUCUGUUCCGUGUAAUCCCUGGCCCAGUUCUGGUUUGCCUGGGAAAGCUUCAGUUUUGGGAGGAAGUAUUAACAGGAUAAAUUCAGGUCCUAUAGGAUCAAGUGGUCUACCUGGUGGUUAUAUCCCUUCAUUUCUGAAGAAGGAAGUAGGCUCUGCUGGGCAGAGGGUUCAGUUAGCACCAAUUGCAGAUCCAUCUUCAAAUUAUGCUGCUCUGAAGUCAGCAAGACCCCAUCUUGGACGCCCCCCAUUCAAUUCACCUUCCAAAAGCACCCCUGGGGUAAUGCCGCUCCCACCCCCAGCUCAGCCAGUCCACGGCCGCGUUGACUGGUCUGCAAAGUACGGAGCUCACCGGUGACUCGUGGAAAUGCUCUCCCAACAGCACCAAUUUCCCACAUGGUGACUGACACAUGACAGUUUUCUACUGUUUUAUAGACUUGUAAAUUUAAAAGAAACAAAUCUUCUACGGUUGAGACCUUCCUGAAGGUUACUUUAGGUUUGUUUUUUAACUUUUAUUUGUAUUAAUUUCAAUGCAAUCUUGUACUUUUUUUUUUGUAUGAAAUUUUGUUAUAUAAUUGGGUCCAAUUAUUUUCAUAAAUCUGAUACCUUUUGUAUAUAUGGCUUAGGGAUCUUGGCAUUUUUAUAUGAUAAAUUUUUAUAACAAACUUUUUUAAAUUGUAACUUUUCCUUUAUUGGAUUCAACAUUUUUAUAAAAAUGAGUUUAACAAAAAAUAAAGCAAAGUGGUGCAAUAUUGUGUUGGAAGAGAAGAGCGAGGAAGGGGCAUUCAUUAGAUGUUUUCUAAAGCUUAUGUGCUAAGUGAGAUUGUUUAAUUUCAGUGAUGCCAUGUCUUGAUGCCACACUGCUGCUGCUGUGUACUCGUCUGCUUUGUAUAUCAAAGGAAUGAGUGAGCAGCAGUCUAACCUCUCCUUUACAGUGGCUCCUUUACAGCCACUGAGAGACUGCUGGAAGUCCCAAGUCAGUGGGAAGCUUUUCUUUGUUGUAUUUAUUAUUUUAAUUCUACAAGGCUUUUGUUGGACUGCUGUCCAGCUUUCCGUUCCCAUUCUUUUGCUUUUAUCAAAUCUGGGUAAUCUUCUCCUUUUGUAAAGGAUAAUCAGUAGAUUUCCUUUCUGACACUGCUUGAUUGUCCUGCUUCAAAAUUACCUCUUGGUGUUGUUCACUAUCAAAUAGAAUGUGGACCUACCUCUCUUAAAUUUGCUUAAAUGUUUCCUAAUGAAUAAUGAGGAGAAACAUCGGGUUCUGUUUUUGCUGUUGUCGGGAAGAGAAGAUCCAAAUACAUAUUUAAGGCAGUAUUGAGAAUGACAAAGCUGGUUUCAUAGUGAAAAAGUAUUAGUGAAAUGCUGGCAGCAGUGUAUAAGGAAACAGUAUCUAUGCAUUUGAUUUAAUUUUUGUAACUGUUUUAAAUGACUUUUGGGGGGAAAAAUGUAAAUUUGGAACAAAUGAAUAUGUUCAAGCUUCAGUUCUUCAUUUCAGUGUCUUCAUUUGUGAUGUGAAGAGUAUAUCAGUUGCUGUAAAUUAGGCCCCCAGACUGUGCUGGGUGAAAAUGAGGCUUGAUGUCAGACUGCUAAAAACCAUUCAGUUUGAAGGAGAAAAUGAACGAGCAGGUUCUAGACAAAGGAAAGUUGUUUCUGCACUGGAAAGGAGCGCCAGCAUUCAGCUAUCAGCAAAUGGUUCAUUUUGAUCAUAGUAUUUGGCUGUUCCUUCACCUCCUUCCACAGAAGAUUAGUCCUGUAGAUGAGACAAUUACAGUUCUGUGGGAGGACAUCUUUUAUAGCUGCAUUUUGGACAAGCACCUUCAAAGCUGAAAUGUACAUAUCUUCCCACAGAACUGUACAGAAAUGGUCAGCUUUAGGGAAACCUCAUCUGAGCUCAUUUUAUGAAUGGCUCGGGCUGAAAUUUUUGAGAGCUGGUCUGAAGGGAUCAGAGCAGGUGUGGUUCUUGGCAUCCGGCUGCUUGGAAGCAGAGAAAUGUGCCAGUGGGCCUGCCCCAUGAGGAGCACCUGCCGUGGGCUGGAGGCUGGUAACACGCCCUGGCCUUCUCAACUCUUUCCAUGAGAACACAUAGGACUCAGGAAACUGCUCCCCAGAAUAAGCUGCUGGCUCAGUGCUGUGGGGAACCAGGAGGGACUCUGGUCACUGUUGGCUUUUGCUGACUGAAUCCAUAGCGAGUCCACAAGGCAAAAAGGACCAGAAGUGUCUAUGCAUUAAAAAAGCAUGUGCAUAAGACUUGCACAGCUAUGCCAGGCACUUGUUCUUAACAAGUGCUAACAGCAAACUGUACGUAACUGCUUCCGUAGCAGCAGUGUUAAUGCGUAGCAAUGACCAUUCCAAUUCUAUACCACAUGCUGAUGUUGUGUUUGGGUAAGUGGAGAGGGAAAUAUGUAUAUUUGUGUCAGAAACUGGAAAGAUAGUUGUUUCUUUUGGUGGAAAUAAAUAUCCAUAUUUAUGUCUAGAUAUCAUUUAAUUUAUUUUUUUCGUUGAAUAAUCAGUUUAAGGGGAAAUAGCCUGAACCUGUCCUAAGUAUCCCUAGACCUAUGUAGGCAGUUUAUGUAGUCUGUUCCACACAUAGGAUUCCUACGAAUGGAAGCACGAGAUGAGUCAUGAGAGCAUGCUGCUGAGGAUUGGGCUCAUCCUACCUACCCACACGUGCCUGAGCUUCUUCCAAAGCAGGGAGGAGUGAGAAUCUCCUCUCAAGAAAUGCAGCUUACUGAGGACUCCCCUGGAGAUGCCCAGGGCUCUCCCUGUUAAUGAUGGGGACCACUCUACAUGCUCAAAGUGAUACAGGAUGAAUAUGGAUUUGGCCUGUGUAUAUCUGAACCCUCUCAGUCCAGCCCUGUUUUCUUGCAUACGAUGUUCAGUCUUGGUCAGUCCAGCAAAAGUAUUAGAAAAAUGUAGUAAUUUUUUUUUUCCUUUUGCCACAACUCCUCCUUUCCUGAAUAAAAGCCUAUAUUUUGUGGGGAAAAAAGCUAAUAAUCUUGACAUUCAGAAUGACGUCUGCUACUUUUAGCUUAGUGAGGUGGGAAAACUGCAAAAUGUUGGUAUAUUGACAGCACUCUUGUAGCCUCAAGCAAAGAAUGCUGGGGAUGUUCUUUUUCAGUAAGGAUUAACCUGACUGAGCAAUGUGCAGUGCUGUCUGAGUGCGGUGUAGAGGGAGAAGUUGUCAGCCUGUUGGUUAUACUGAGAGCUGGACAAGCAGCAUAGCAGAGAAUUUAUCAUGUGUAGCUUCCUACUUUGUGUUGUAAUAUUUAGCAGCAUCGUUAUGCGAACCGUUGUUGGAAUUCUGCUGUUUGCUUGUUCUCAGCCUUAAGCAUAACGUGUAGAAAUGACUGCUGGGAAUAAA